UCAACAGUUUAGUCUUUGCCUUAGCUCUGGUAGUUAGCAGCAGUUACUUGUGAGUUGAACAAAAAAAUGGGUUUCGAAGGAAAAGUUGUGAUCGUUACCGGAGGAAGUAGCGGAAUUGGCGCUGGUGCUGCUAUUCACCUCGCAAAAUUGGGUGCGAAAGUUGCAAUUGUUGGUAGAAACGAAAAAGGUCUCGCCGAAGUGGCGGAACAAAUUAAAAAUUCUGGUUCUUCAAGUCCAUUGCAAAUUGUUGCCGAUGUAACAAAGGACGGCGAACGGAUUGUCGACGAAACGAUCAAGCAAUUUGGUCGAUUGGAUGUGUUGCUGAAUAAUGCGGGAAUUUCGGUGCACAACACCAUUUGCGAUAUGAAUUGCGCUGAUUUUGAUCGUGUAUUCGACACGAAUGUCCGCAGUGUUAUCACUUUGACGCAACUGUGUUUACCACAUUUGGAAAAAACGAAAGGCAACAUUGUGAAUGUGUCUAGCAUUGCCGGAUUAAAGCCAAUUCCCACUCUAACUGCAUAUAGUAUAAGCAAAGCAGCUCUUGAUCAAUUGACAAGAUGUUGCGCGCUUGAUUUGGCAUCGAAAGGAAUACGAGUUAAUGCUGUGAACCCAGCUGUCAUUCAAACACCAAUAUUCCAAAAAGUUGGUAUGACCGAUGAAAUGGUUGAGAAACUAUUUGAACAGGUCAAAAGCACGUAUCCCGUUGGUCGUGUGGGCAAGGUGACAGACACUAGUGCAGCGAUUGCGUUUUUGGCUGAUAAUGAAAUUGCAUCAUUUUUCACUGGUAUAAAUUUACCUGUCGAUGGAGGUGCUAUGGUGGCUGGAGUUGGCUAUAAGCCAACUGAAAACUAAAAAUCAAUCACAAUCAAUAGAUUGUAUUUAAAACUUCGAUUUCAAUGGUAGCAAUUUGAUAAAAUAAAAUUGGCAAACAAUUGACAGUAAUCAACAGUGAAGAAGAUGUUUUAUAGAAAAAUCCAAAGAGUAUUUCUGAGUCCACAAUCACUGUGUAUCUGGUUAUCAAUUGAUGAUUGGAUUUGGGGAAAUUUAGAUUUUCAUGGUCAAAAAAUGUCAUUUAAUGUUUCUCGAAUAAAAGAAUUGAAAACCACUUACGUCGCA